UACGGACCGGUGUCCACCAAUCAGACCGCUUGUUCUCCGUCAGUGCCGAUUGGCCGUAUCGUUACUCGAAGUAUGUAGGGGGGUUUGGCUCCGUUAUGGAAGGAAAUAAGGAAGAAAGCAAGCGCUGCAUUGAACUAGCACAACUUUUUAUCUCUCAGGGACAGAAAGAAAAAGCGCUCAAAUUCCUGCACAAAGCAGAACACCUCUACCCGUCGAAGCUCGCAAAAGACUUGAUAGAGUACCUGCAGAAGCUGAAUGGCGCGACGAGCUGCGACGGGGCCACUUCGGACGCCCGGUCCAAGUCUCGAAGCAACAGCCCCGGGUGUCCGCCCUCGCCCAGCCCGAGGCAGCGUGCCAGGGCGAAGGAGCGGGAUGCCUCAGCCGAAAGGAGGGUGGCCGACUACACCAAGGAGCAGCUGGAGGCUGUCCGGAGAACGAAACACUGCAAGGACUACUACGAGAUCUUGGGCGUGACCAGGGAGGCCGACGAGGAUCUGCUCAAGAAGCAAUACCGCAAGUUGGCCCUCCAGGUCCAUCCAGACAAGAACAAGGCUCCCGGUGCUGGAGACGCCUUCAAAGCCAUUGGCAAUGCCUACGCCGUCCUUAGUGAUCCGGAGAAGCGGAAACUCUACGACAUCAAUGGUAACAGGCCUCCGCAGCAACAGAGCUACGCCGGCGAGAGUUACGACUACAGUCGUGGUUUCGAAGGGGAUAUCUCACCAGAGGAACUCUUCAACAUGUUUUUCGGAAAUGCCUUCUCAAGUAAUGUAUAUGUGAGGAGGGGGACAAGAUUUCAGCACCAAAGACAACAGCAUGGGCAUUCCACUGCAGAAGUCCACCCAGAUAGCAGCUACAGUGUGCUCCUGCAGAUGAUGCCGAUCAUUGUUCUCGUUGGGAUGUCGCUCAUGUCCAGUUUCCUGGUGUCGGAUCCGCCGUACAGCCUCGUCAGGACCGCGAAGUACCAGUAUGAACGCAAGACGCUCAAUCUGGAGCUCUCCUACUUUGUGAAGGAGAACUUCAUGCAGGAGCACAGAAGCAACAUCUACCGGGUCGAAAUGGAGGUGGAGUCGGACCACAUAGCCAACCUCCGCAGCUCCUGCUUCCGGGAAAAGAACUACAAAGAGUCGCUGCUCUGGCGAGCCAAGAGCCUGCGCGACGCCAGCUUGGAAGAGCGUGCCCAGAGCUACCACAUGCCCUCUUGCGACAAGCUGACCCAGCUGUCCCGGAUACGUGCCUGAUGACAGCUGAAAUACAGUCACCUUCUCGUUGGUUGCGUUGCGGUCUCCGCCCCUCCCCCUCGUGUAAAUAAGCACCCGUUUUGCUCGUCAGUCUUUUUCUUUUUUUUUUCUUAGAAAUGGAUUUUCACAGGAGGAUGAUUGUGGAAAACUGCUUGUACAUUAUUAUACAUAAAUAUAAAAAGGAAAAAAAAAAAAAAAAGAACUCUCAAAGACAAAAGACACUUGAGGUUGUCUCUUUCUGUGGAGGGGUGGGGGUGCAACUGUUGGCGAUUCCCGCUUUGAAGGGGUUUCACACCUUUAUCGGUGCAACGGUUGCUUUAUGACACCUCGCCGUUUGUACGCCCGUUAACUUGCCGAGGGAAUCUUGUGGGAUGUCACUGAGCAUCACACUUUUCUAUAGGUUUUUGCUUAAAAUAAUGUAAUACUACGAUUUCCUUGAUGCAAAGCAGACUUUUGCCUUGUGAGGAGCACAUUCGCUCCAGCGAAGGUGUGAAAUUUCUGCACGUGGCGUCGACGGUGGGGGAACUGAGAACCGCACACGUUGUUCGUUGUUGGAAACAUCAGCCGGCGUGAAACCGACGGCGCGAAGCGAGGGCUACGGCCACGCUGUCCUCGACCACGUUUUAGAUGGGCAUCAAUUUCGCGUUCUGUAGUUUUGGUAGACACAUGCACUGCUGGCCCUAUCGUUUUUUUCUACAUCUCGGCGCAAAGCCCCGCAGACGAUGUCGAAGAGCAUGUUGUGUAAAUAGGUUUGAAGGCUAACUUAAGGAGAGAACCACGAUGAAGCUAAAUGUGUUCAUUUGGUUUUGACAUUUAACCCUUGUUCGGGGGUACCGUGUCUUUCUUUUUGUUUUUGAGCAUUUUCUUCUUGCGUGUGCUGGCUUGCACGAAGUGAAAUAAUAUAUAAAUUGUUUUUUUUGGGGGGGAGAGAUUCUUUUAUAUUUUCUAGGUGAUUGGAAUAAAAUUUGUGUGAAAGGCAACAUGUGAACUGCUAAUUCGUGCAAACGCAUGGAUUAAAUAAAAGUUCUAUUAUGCAUUAUA